GCUGUAAUGGGUCACGCGCGUCCGAUGCGCAUCUGUCGCGCGGCUGCUGUGACUGAAGCUCGAGCUCAAUGCAACGAGUCAUGGACUACACGGCGCAUUAAAGGACAUACUUCAAGAACCGGACAGGCCUCAACUCAACAGGCCCCCAUCAGCUGUCUUUCGUACUGAAUUCAGUUCCUGUCUAUGCCGGGGAUGAAUGCACCAAUGAGGAGCCUGACCGGUAUGCCUGAUCGCAUGUUAUGUGCAGUGCUGGAGCAAUUUCAGCUUUACUUUUCCCGUUGAUCCACUCUCUCUAUAGCACAGCGAGCCCAAGCAUGCUGAAGAGGAAGCAGAGCUCGCGGGUCGAGGCCCAGCCUAUGACUGACUUUGGGCCAGACGAAACACUGACAGACAGUGCUGACAUUCUUUGGAUCAAUAAACCAUGGGUUCACUCUCUCCUGCGGGCCUGUGCCAUAAUCAGUGUUAUUUCGGUUUGUAUGAAUACACCUAAGACCUUUGAGCACUACCCUCCCCUACAGUAUGUCACCUUCGCCCUGGACACACUGCUGAUGUUCCUGUACACCGCAGAGAUGAUCGCCAAAAUGCAUAUCAGGGGCAUCAUCAAGGGAGAAAACUCCUAUGUUAAAGACCGCUGGUGCAUGUUUGAUGGCUUCAUGGUGGUCUUCCUCUGGGUCUCUCUUGUGCUUCAGGUGUUUGAAAUAGCGGAGCUCGUGGACCAAAUGUCACCCUGGGGAAUGUUACGCAUACCGAGGGCCCUUAUUAUGAUCCGAGUCUUCCGAAUCUAUUUCCGAUUUGAAUUGCCACGUAGCCGGAUAACCAACAUUCUCAAGCGCUCAGGGGAGCAGAUCUGGAGUGUGACCAUAUUUUUGCUAUUCUUCCUUCUUCUUUAUGGAAUCCUGGGGGUUCAGAUGUUUGGCACAUUCAAUCAUCAUUGCGUCACCAAUGAAACAGAAAAAGAGAAAGUGACAUGGAACAGCCUAGCAAUCCCGGAUACACACUGCUCUCCGAACGGGGAGGGAUAUCAGUGUCCAGUGGGCUUUAAGUGUGUGGAUCUGGAAGAUUAUGGACUCAGUAGACAAGAACUUGGAUACAGUGGAUUCAAUGAGCUUGGCACCAGUAUAUUCACUGUAUAUGAGGCUGCGUCUCAGGAGGGCUGGGUCUUCAUCAUGUAUCGAGCCAUCGACAGCUUCCCACGCUGGCGCUCAUAUUUCUACUUCCUCACGCUCAUCUUCUUCCUCGCCUGGCUGGUCAAGAAUGUGUUCAUUGCUGUGAUUAUCGAAACGUUUGCUGAGAUCAGAGUGCAGUUCCAGCAGAUGUGGGGAUCCCGGAGCAGCACCACGUCAACAGCUACUACACAGAUGUUUCACGAGGACGCGUCUGGAGGAUGGCAGCUCGUGGCGGUGGACGUGAAUAAACCACAUGGCCGGGCGCCUGCUUGCCUCCAGCAACUGAUGCGAUCUUCAGUUUUCCACAUGUUCAUCCUCAGUAUGGUGGCUGUUGAUGUGAUUGUAGCUGCGAGCAAUUACCACAGAGGUGACCAUAAACUCACCAAUGAUGAGUUCUACCUGGCUGAGGUCGCCUUCACUGUGCUGUUUGAUUUGGAGGCUCUGCUGAAAAUCUGGUGUUUGGGCUUCACUGGAUACAUCAGUUCAUCGCUGCACAAGUUUGAGUCGCUGCUUGUAGUGGGCACCACCUUGCACAUCUACCCUGACCUUUACCACUCGCAGUUCACCUACUUUCAGGUUUUGCGAGUGGUCCGUCUAAUAAAAAUCUCCCCUGCACUAGAGGACUUUGUGUACAAGAUCUUUGGUCCAGGGAAGAAACUGGGCAGUCUAGUGGUGUUUACUGCCAGUCUGCUCAUAGUGAUGUCUGCCAUCAGUCUGCAGAUGUUCUGCUUUGUGGAGGAUUUGGAUCGUUUCACCACAUUUCCACGGGCGUUUAUGUCCAUGUUCCAGAUUCUCACGCAGGAGGGCUGGGUGGAUGUCAUGGACCAAACACUGGUGGCUGUGGGACAGAUGUGGGCUCCGGUGGUGGCCAUAUACUUUAUUCUGUAUCACCUUUUUGCCACACUGAUCCUUCUGAGUCUUUUUGUUGCUGUUAUUUUGGACAAUCUUGAGUUGGAUGAAGACCUGAAAAAGUUAAAACAGCUGAAGCAGAGUGAAGCCAAUGCUGAUACAAAAGAGAAACUUCCUUUGCGACUGCGAAUCUUUGAGAAGUUCCCCAAUCGACCGCAGAUGGUGAAAAUCUCCAAGCUGCCUUCAGACUUCACUGUGCCCAGAAUCAGGGAGAGUUUCAUGAAGCAGUUCAUCGACCGACAGCAGCAGGACCCUAGCUGUCUGUUCCGUCGCCUUCCCUCAGCAUCAUCCUCGUCUUGCGACCAUUCCAAACGCUCUGCCAUUGAGGAUAAUAAAUACAUAGAUCAGAAGCUACGAAAGUCAGUAUUUAGCAUCCGGGCUCGCAACCUAAUGGAAAAGGAAAUCACUGUCAACAAAAUUUUGCGAGCCUGCACCAGGCAGCGCAUGCUGAGUGGCUCAUUUGAGGGUCAGCCAACUAAAGAGAGAUCCAUUCUCAGUGUCCAGCAUCACAUCCGCCAAGAACGCCGGUCCCUCAGACAUGGCUCUACCAGCCAGAGAAUCAGCAGAGGGAAAUCCUUGGAAACACUCACUCAGGACCACUCCAGCACGGUCCGCUACCGUAAUGCCCAGCGGGAGGACAGUGAAAUCAAGAUGAUACAAGAGAAGAAGGAGCAGGCUGAGAUGAAACGAAAAGUCCAAGAGGAGGAACUUCGGGAAAACCAUCCAUACUUUGACAAGCCACUCUUCAUCGUUGGUAGAGAGCAUCGAUUCAGAAACUUUUGCCGAAUGAUUGUUAGAGCCCGUUUUAAUGCGUCAAAUACGGAUCCCAAUACAGGCGCAGUGAACAGCACAAAAUACCAUCAAUUAUAUGAUUUGCUGGGCUUGGUAACCUAUCUGGACUGGGUGAUGAUCGUGGUCACUAUCUGCUCUUGUAUUUCCAUGAUGUUUGAGUCUCCUUUUACUAGAGUCAUGCAUGUCCCAACCCUGCAGAUUGGAGAAUAUGUGUUCGUCAUCUUUAUGAGCAUUGAGCUGAACCUGAAGAUUAUGGCAGAUGGCCUGUUCUUCACUCCCACUGCAGUCAUCCGAGACUUUGGCGGCGUCAUGGACAUCUUCAUCUACUUAGUAAGUUUGAUCUUUUUAUGCUGGCUGCCAAAUAAUGUGCCCCCUGAGUCUGGUGCCCAGCUCCUCAUGAUGUUACGUUGCUUCCGGCCACUGAGAAUCUUUAAACUGGUGCCCCAAAUGAGGAAGGUGGUUCGAGAGGUCCUCAAGGGUUUCAAAGAGAUUUUUCUGGUCUCUAUUCUUCUCCUGACACUAAUGCUGGUGUUCGCAACCUUCGGGGUGCAACUCUUUGCUGGAAAACUUGCCAAAUGUAAUGAUCCUCAUAUUUCUAGCAAGGAUGACUGUCACGGCAUCUUUAGAAUCAAUGUGAGCAUUUCAAAGAACCUGAAUUUGAAGCUCAAGGAUGGGGAGAAGAAACCAGGAUUUUGGGUGCCAAGAGUUUGGGCAAACCCUCGAAACUUCAAUUUUGAUAAUGUGGGCAAUGCCAUGCUGGCUCUGUUUGAAGUGUUGUCGCUGAAGGGUUGGGUGGAGGUGAGAGAUGUCAUCAUUCACAGAGUAGGACCGAUUCAUGGUAUCUACAUCCAUGUCUUUGUGUUCUUGGGAUGUAUGAUCGGACUCACCCUUUUUGUUGGCGUUGUCAUUGCCAACUUUAAUGAAAAUAAGGGCACUGCUCUGUUGACUGUGGAUCAGAGGAGAUGGGAAGAUUUAAAGAGUCGACUCAAGAUUGCUCAGCCCCUCCACCUCCCUCCACGUCCAGAAAAUGGUGGAUUUCGUGCAAAGAUGUAUGACAUCACCCAACAUCCCUUUUUCAAGCGAGGGAUUGCUGUGCUGGUUUUAGCACAGUCUGUCCUCCUGUCGGUUAAGUGGGAUGAGCUUGGCGCAGUUACGUUUCCCUUGGCCACAAUGUCAGUGGUUUUCACUUUCAUUUUUGUUUUGGAGGUGACUAUGAAGCUGAUAGCCAUGUCACCAGCUGGAUACUGGCAGAGCAGGAGGAACAGAUAUGACCUACUCGUCACAUCCCUCGGGCUCAUAUGGAUCAUUCUGCACUUCGCUUUACAGAAUGCUUACACAUACAUGAUGGGCACCUGUGUGAUAGUAUUCAGAUUUUUCACCAUAUGCGGAAAGCAUGUGACGUUAAAGAUGCUUCUGCUUACUGUGGUCGUCAGUAUGUACAAGAGUUUCUUCAUUAUCGUGGGCAUGUUUUUGCUGCUGCUGUGCUACGCUUUCGCCGGCGUCGUUCUUUUUGGCACCGUCAAAUACGGAGAGAACAUUAACAGACACGCAAACUUCUCCACCGCAGGGAAAGCCAUCACCGUACUUAUUCGAAUAGUCACAGGUGAAGACUGGAAUAAGAUCAUGCAUGACUGCAUGGUGCAGCCGCCGUUCUGCACCCCAGACAAACAUCGCUACUGGGAGACGGACUGCGGCAACUACGCUGGAGCCCUCAUUUACUUCUGCUCCUUCUAUGUCAUCAUCGCUUACAUCAUGCUCAACCUGCUCGUAGCCAUCAUUGUGGAGAAUUUCUCUUUGUUCUACUCCACCGAAGAGGACCAGUUGCUAAGCUACAACGACCUGCGUCACUUCCAGAUCAUCUGGAACAUGGUGGAUGACAAGCGGGAGGGAGUGAUUCCGACCUCUCGGGUGAAGUUUCUGCUCCGUCUGCUGAGAGGUCGUCUGGAAGUGGAUCUGGACAAAGACAAGCUUCUCUUUAAACACAUGUGUUAUGAGAUGGAGCGUCUGCACAAUGGAGGAGACGUCACCUUUCAUGAUGUACUGAGCAUGCUGUCGUAUCGUUCAGUUGAUAUCCGCAAGAGUCUUCAGCUGGAGGAGCUGUUGGCAAGAGAGCAGCUUGAAUACACUAUAGAGGAGGAAGUGGCCAAACAAACCAUCCGCAUGUGGUUGAAGAAGUGCCUGAAACGCAUCAGAGCCAAACAGCAGCAGUCAUGCAGCAUCAUCCUCAGUCUGAGAGAGAGUCAACAGCAAGACCUGCGGCGGCUGCUCAACCCCCCCAGCAUCGAGACCACCGUCCCCAGCGAAGACACCAACACACACAACCAGGACAAUCCCACCCAGCCUGAGCAGAACAGCGGCCUGCAGACGUUACUGAGCCCCACUCUGUCAGACCGCAGUGGAUACAGACAGGACUCUGCUGACCGACCCCAGAGGAAGCUGGGACAGUGGAGACUUCCUGCAGGCCGCACAAGCGUGAAGUCCAUGGUGUGUAAGAUGAACCCGGUGACUGACGAGGCGUCCUCAGGCUCUGAAGUUAAGAAGUGGUGGACGCGUCAACUGACUGUGGAAAGUGAUGAAAGUGGAGACGACCUCAUUGAUAUCUGAAGCUUAAAGCCGCUCUAAUGUUGUUGUAUUAGACCGAUGUAGGUGUUCCUACUCUGCAUUAAACUGAUACAGUUCACCCAAAAUGAACGUUUGCUCAUCCAGCUGUUUGAGUUUCUUUCUUCUGUUGAACCAAAAGAAGAGACACUGAAGAAUGCUGAAAAAUGGAUGUUGAUGGCUGCUUUUUACCCCCAACAUUCUUCUGAAUAUCUGUUUUGUGUUCAACAGAAGAGAGAAAUUCAUAAAAGUUUUCAAUCACUGGAGCAUGAGUAAAUGGAGAGGACAUUUUCAUGUUGAGGUGAACUACAGCAUCUCCUGCACCCAAUCAAACCACUUUGCUUAAUUAAAAACUUACAGUAAUUACUGGUUUCAUCCAUGCUAAUGCUCACUCUACAGUGUUGGAAAUUUCUCAGUGAGCAUAGAAAAAUGUGUGAUGAACGAGCAGCUGAAAUGCGUCCUCAGGAAGUUUAUGUAACGUAAUUUAAGAGUCUAAUAAUCUAGAUUUAAUGGUUAGGCAUGCGACGCACCUAACCGAAGCCAUAGCGUUCUCUCUGUUUGUCUUUGUGCCAACGUCAUUUGUCUUUAUUACAUGGGAGUUUGUAAGUUCCAUGAUUAUCUUGUGUUGUACACUGUGGGCUUACGGCUCAUCAAAUGCAAACACUUGCAGACGUUACUGCGUGGCAAGACAGUGAAUGUAAGUGUACUAUUAUGUGUGUCUUUGUGAUUGUGACUUUUCCAGACGAUUUAAAUAUUAUAAGAUGCAUAAGUUAUAAUUGAAAUAAUAUAUUGAAAUACUCUACUUAAUAUAUUUUGUAAAAAUGACAAUUGCAGCAGUUUAUUGCGUGCUUUUAAAUUAAAAGUGUGAUAUUAGCAGAA